UGCUUGACCAAUAUUGCUUAGCGUAUAACCCUGACCUUUUUUAUGCAUAAAGCUCUAAAGUUUAUAAUUUUUUGCUUUUUAAAUUCCUUUCAUCUUCUUUGCUAGAAAACCCAGUUGGCCAAUUUCCUGAUUAUACUUGUCCUUUGGGGGGAAAUGAGUUUUUUCCCAAAAGGGUUCUUUGGGUUUAAGUCACAAAUGCUGUGUUAUACUGUUUUAAUCUAGUAAGAGAAAGUAGAAAUUUCUGGGUCCAAGUUCUGGUUCAGUUCUUUGGAUUAAGGCAAUGGCUGCACUGUUAGUUGUCUUUUCAUCUGGAAUCAAACUUCUAAAGUGUAUGAGUUUGAAGUCCAGUUGAUUCUACGGCUUUCUGGGUGGCUGGUUUGCUUCCUUUGCAAAGCAAGUUAAAAAUUGGGGAUUUACGAUGAAUAUAGUUUGGCUCUUGGUGUUGAUGGUUUUCUAUAAUGGGGUUGCCUCAAAUGGGGGUAGCACGAAUGUCUCUACAAGACCAGAUAUUGUAAAUGUUGGGGCUGUUUUCUCUUUCGAUUCCAUUGUUGGCAAAGUGGCCAAAGUGGCAAUAGAAGCUGCCAUUGAAGAUGUGAAUUCUGAUCCAGCUGUUCUUGGUGGAACUAAGAUGAGAGUUCAAAUGCAAGACUCAAAUUACAGUGGAUUUCUGGGCAUCGUUGAAGCUUUACGGUUCAUGGAGAAAGACACAGUGGCCAUAAUUGGACCUCAGAAUGCUGUCACGGCUCAUACAAUAUCUCAUAUUGCAAAUGAGCUCCAAGUUCCUCUAUUAUCAUUUUCAGUAACGGACCCCACCAUGUCUUCACUUCAGUUCCCAUUCUUUGUUAGAACUACCCAGAAUGAUCUGCAUCAAAUGGCUGCAGUAGCCGCAAUUAUUGACCACUACGGAUGGAGAGAGGUAAUUGCACUCUAUGUUGAUGAUGACUAUGGGAGAAAUGGGAUUGCUGCAUUAGGGGAUAUGCUUGCUGAGAGACGUUGUAAGAUCUCAUACAAGGCACCUUUGGUCAUUGAUCCUAACCGGAGUAGCAUCACUGAUUUACUGGUUAAAGUGGCUUUGACAGAGUCUCGGAUUAUUGUUCUUCACGCUUAUGCUGGUUGGGGUCCUCAGGUGUUUACUGUGGCCAAGUAUCUUGGCAUGAUGGGAACUGGCUAUGUCUGGAUAGCUACUCACUGGCUAACUACUCAAAUAGAUACCAACUCUCCUCUCCCGUCAAGUAUGAUGGAUGAUAUGCAAGGAGUUCUAACAUUUCGCAUGUACACACCAGAGACAGAACUGAAAAGAAAAUUUGUUUCUAGGUGGAGCAACUUGACUAGUGGACAGAAAGGCAAAAUUGGGUUGAACGCUUGUGGUCUUUAUGCCUACGACACUGUGUGGUUGCUUGCUCAUGCAAUUAAUGCCUUUUUUGAUCAAGGAGGAAACAUUUCAUUUUCAAAUGAUUCAAGGUUGACUCAGCUGCGCAGAGGGGAUCUGAAUCUUGAUGCCAUGAGUAUCUUUAAUGGAGGGAAUCUGUUACUGCGUAACAUUUUACAGGUUAAUAUGACUGGCAUAACUGGCCCUUUUAACUUCACUCCGGAUAGGAACCUCAUUCAUCCUGCAUUUGAAAUCAUAAAUGUGAUUGGCACAGGGAUUAGGAAGAUUGGUUACUGGUCCAAUUAUUCAGGUUUAUCAGUUGUGCCUCCAGAAUACACAAAGCCACCAAAUCAUUCUAGUUCAAGUCAAAGCCUGUACAGCGUGAUUUGGCCAGGACAAACAACACAGAAGCCUCGUGGCUGGGUAUUUCCAAACAAUGGAAGGCACUUGAGGAUUGGAGUCCCAAAACGUGUUAGUUUUCGUGAAUUUGUUUCAUACACAGAAGGCAAUGACAUGUUCACUGGGUACUGCAUUGAUGUUUUUACUGCUGCAUUGAACAUGUUGCCCUAUGCUGUUCCAUACAAGUUGAUUCCUUUUGGUGAUGGCGUUAAGAACCCAAGAGUCACUGAACUUGUGCACAAAAUCCAAACGGGUGAAUUUGAUGGAGCAAUAGGUGACAUUGCAAUCAUCACCAACCGAACAAGGAUGGCAGAUUUUACACAGCCAUUUAUUGAAUCUGGGCUAGUAGUUGUUGCACCUGUUAGGACAACGUUGAAUUCUAAUCCUUGGGCUUUUCUGAGGCCAUUCAAUCCAAUGAUGUGGGGCGUCACGGCUGCCUUCUUUCUCAUUGUUGGAACAGUUGUUUGGAUUUUAGAGCAUAGGUUGAACGAUGAUUUUCGGGGGCCUCCUAAAAAACAAAUUGUCACUAUUCUGUGGUUUAGCUUUUCAACUUGGUUCUUUGCCCAUAGAGAAAAUACAGUCAGCACCCUGGGUCGCUUGGUACUAAUUAUAUGGCUGUUUGUCGUUCUUAUAAUCAACUCAAGCUACACUGCAAGUUUGACCUCAAUCCUUACAGUGCAACAGCUUUCUUCCUCCAUCAAAGGACUUGAUACUUUGCUUGCAAGCAAUGAUCCCAUUGGCUACCAGCAAGGUUCAUUUGCCAGGGGUUAUCUAACUGACGAACUCAACGUUGACGAGUCCAGACUCGUUCCUCUUAUCAUGCCAGACGAUUAUGCUAAAGCCUUGAAAGAUGGUCCCCAUAGAGGUGGUGUUGCUGCAGUGAUUGAUGAGCGUGCAUACAUUGAGCUAUUCCUCUCAAGCAGAUGUGAUUUCAGUAUUGUAGGUCAAGACUUCACCAAAACCGGUUGGGGAUUUGCUUUUGCAAGGGACUCACCUUUAUCAGUGGACAUGUCUACUGCUAUUUUGAAGCUGUCAGAUAAUGGGGAUUUACAAAGGAUCCAUGAUAAAUGGCUUAAAAGCAGUGCAUGUGCCUCACAAGGCUCAAAGCUACAAGUUGACAGGCUUCAACUUAAAAGCUUCUGGGGCCUCUUUGUUCUUUGUGGUUCAGCUUGUUUUCUUGCUCUGAUUAUAUAUUUCAUCAAUAUGCUGCGCCAGUUCAGCAAGCACUACACUGAGGAAGUGAUUUCUUCCGGCAGCUCGAGGUCUGCACGUCUUCAAACCUUUAUUUCAUUUGUUGAUGAGAAGGAAGAGGAAGUAAAAAGUCGAUCCAAAAGACGGCAAAUGGAAAGGAUGUCAAAUAGAAGUGCAAGUGAAGAUGAAUCAAUGUACAACUCCAAAAGAAGACAUAUUGAUCAAUCAUCUUCAAGAAUGAGUCUUGAUAAUGGUAAUAAUGCCUGAUCAGAAGUUUUGAUUCAGAGCCAUCCCACACCAAUUAUAACUUCAUGGGUCUUCUUCUGAUAUGAAUUAGGUUAGAAGCUUAUGUAUACACAGCUCAUGUCAUUAUAUAUUCAAUUUCACGCUGCAUUACUCUUUUAUGGGAAUGCUUUGACAAAGCUCUUUGUGAAGUA